AAUCUUGAGUAGAGUUAAAAGGUGUACUGAGGCAUGUGCUUGAUCUUGGUGCAAAGAGGAUGGGAGUCCGGUGUGCAGCUACCUUGGCCACUCAGCCAAUUAAUAUGUAGAUGUGGACUAGGCUAGGUACAUUAAAGUAGAGGGUUUUUUUCUGACUAGUAAUAAUACGGGCAUGCCAACACACACGGAUAAGAUACUGUCGUACAUGGAUACGACGUUGUAGUCCACUUGAAAGAUACUUAUGUGGAUGAUGUCGUUUCUCAGGCACUAUGGCAGCCUUGAUGAAGAUCACAGCCGUCCUGGUACUUGCGUGUCUUUUCCCAGGAAGGCUUGAUGCAAGCCCCCAAGAAAACCCUGAGCUGGAUGACCUGAAAAAAACCCUCCAAAACGCCAUAGAGUUGGAGUGGUCCACGAUCCCUGUGUACCUGAACGCCCAUUUCAGUCUCAAGGACAAGCAAGGGAAGAACAAACAGGUGAGUGAAAUGAUGAGGGACAUUUUGGUGAACGAGAUGCACCAUAUGUCACUGGCGGCCAACAUACUGAACGCCAUCGGCGGAUUCCCCGUGCUGAACGACCUAUCCCGCGCCCCACGGUACCCCGGACCCCUCCCCGCUGGCUGCCUCCCGGACCUCACGGUGUCUCUGCAGAAAAUGUCGAAAGAUCAUAUUGAAAAUGUCUUCAUGGCAAUCGAAACGCCUGAAUGUGACCACGCCGUCAGAAAAUUCCACGGUGACCUCAUUAAAGCCGCAUCACAAAAAGAAUCCAACGAAAGGCUUCAAAUGUCGGUAACUCCCAAAUUUCCUGGUCUUCAGGAAAAAUGUAAAGAAGAGAAAGGGACCUACAACCCAACUACCAUUGGUGCGAUCUACAUCCACAAGAUUCUUUGCCCAAUGUUGAAGCUGGAAUUGGAAGGAGAUAGAAAAGUGAGCAUAUUUACGAAAGAUCAUUCACGCCAAGUUGAACAUCCGUUCAAAGUCACCAACCUUACCACAGCCAUCAAAGCUAUUGCGUACAUAGUUUCUCAAGGAGAGGGUGGUGAUCCUUGUAACCCCUUUGUCUACUCCGACUUCCGUGAUGACGACUACAAGAAACAGAACAAGGAAGAACCAAGCCACUACUACAAGUUUGCCGAGAUCGCCAAAGGUAAGGAGGUGACCGUGCAAUUGAACGAUCAAGAUAACCCGGCCUGCCCACUGAAUGACCCGGAUUGCAAUUACUUUUCCCCAUGUAGUGCUGGUACCUGCGAUAAUGCCAUUAGAUUCAUCAAUAAACCGGAGAAACCUUAUUUCAAUGAGGAUGCGGUGUGGAACAUCAUCCCUAACCCUACCACCGGAAUCUACCCUCCUGGAUCCGUCGCAAGGAAGCUGUCAGACGAGUUCAACGAAAUCUACGUGGAUCUCAUGCAAUGCCUGCACGAUGCUGUUAACGGACAACCACAGAAGCUACAACGGUGCGUCGUCUGCAAGAUGCAUCAGCUUAAAGAGAAAGGCGACAUUCUGGUGCAGACACCCAUCAUCCCAGGAGGCGAUGUCAAUGCCUCCCCAACCUACGAGUUUUUCUACACAGAGCAAGACAAGCCCGAAGAGCAUAACCAGCAGCGACUGCAGCAACAACAUAUCGAACUUUAAAGUGCUUAUGCAGUCCAACCUGCUCAAGUGACCAUCUCUUCUUAGC